AUGACCGCCAAAGCCGAUAUACUCCGCCUGCUGACCCGUCACCUACUUAUCCAUGUCGCCAUGGCGCAAGAGUACGGGGCUUUGCUGCUGGGACACACCACCACCGCGCUCGCGAGUCUUACUAUAGCAGAGGUCGCCAACGGCAGAGGGUUCAGCGUGCCGUGGCAAGUCCAAGAUAGACGCUCUCAAGUAUGCACCUACGAGAAUGGAAAGGCCCUGUCGAAAACCGAGUUCCCCCUCUACCACCCCAUAAGAGAGACCUUCAGAAACGAAGUCAAAAUCUACAACUCGCUAAUACCGGCGCUUGCAGAGAUAGUGCCUAACACCGACACGUCACCGGGCGUGGUGUCGCACAAGGACACGAGCAUAGACGAGGUCAUGACACGGUACUUUGAUGGCGUCGAGGAAUCGCUCUCGGGCAUCGUGGCGAACGUGGUGCGGACAACUGGCAAGUUAGCCAAAUUACGGGGAGACGCGCAGUGCGGCCUCUGCGGUGUGACGAUGGACGAGCAAGGAGAUUCUCGAUAA